AGAGACAGGAGGCGGGGAGUACAACUGCCAGGGAUUUGACUCCCGCGCCGCUUCUUCGGAGAGAGCCGCCCAGUGCCGCUGGGCAGAGGGACCAGAAAUGUGAGUGAGGGGCUGCGAAAGGGGCGGAGCAGCAUGUGGGCUUUCCUAUCUGCUUAGCCGCUCUGAGGAAACAGGGUGCCGGACUAAGGGGGCCUUCGGUCUGAUUGGGCAGCGCUCGCUGUGAAAAGGCGGGGGGGGGGGCUGUGAAAACAUGCGCGUGGCAUGGAAAGUGCACGGGGAGAAGUUGCUUUCCCUUCCCCUCGCAGUGCCAGCGACAGGGGUCCUCCGAGGAAGCCGAGCGGAGGGAGAUUCGAGACAAGACAAAAGGAAGAACUAAUGGGCGCAGCGCAUAAUUCAACUUUCAGGGAUCAGGCCAAAUGCCCAUCUUAGUUCGGUAUCCUGUUCUCACAGUGGCCACGGGAAGCUCAGCAGGCAGGACCUGAGCCCAGCAGCGCCCUUCCCACCUGUGGCUCCCAGCGACUGGCCUUCAGAAGCACCUGGAAGAAGAGCUAUGGCCUUUGUGGCUAGGAGUCAUUGAUAGCCUUAACCCUCAUUUCCCUAAUCUCUGUUAAAGAUGUGGAAUUUGCUGUCGGGAGAGGCGGUGGCCACCAGCUUAGACAGCUUCAAAAGGUUAUUAGUGCCUCCUCCCAUUGACAACUUUAUAUUAUUUCUGCCAUCAGAAGCAGCAUGCUUCUUUGAAUACCAGAUGCUGAGGAGAGUGAGCUCGUUGCACUCAUGUCCUGCUUGUGGGCUUCUCCUGGGAAUCUGAUUUACCACUGUGGAAACAGAAUUAUGGGCUUGGUGGUCCUUUGGUCCGAUCUACCAGAGUUGCUCUUAAAGAGGAAAGGAGGGUAGAUCAUUUAAAACAUCUCCACCUUUCAUCAAGAGGAUUCCAAGGUGGCAUACAAACGUGUCAGCAAAACUACCCAUAGUGUCCUAAUGAGCAUCAUGGCUUGGUGAAGAUUUGAAUCUGUCUCCCAUCCCAGCCCCCAAGUCUUAGGCCCCAUCUGCACUAUACAUUUAAAGCAGUAUCAUACCAUUUUAAACAGCCAUGGCUUUCCCACAAAGAAAGCUGGGAAGUAUAGUCUGUAAAAGAGUUGUUGGAAGACCCCUGUACCCCUCACAGAGCUGUAGUUCUCUGGGAAGACUGACUGAAUUGUAGCUCUGUGCAUGGAAUAGGGGGUCUCCUAGUAACUCUCAGCACUCUUAUCAAACUACAGUUCCCAGGAUUUGUUUUGGGAAGCCAUGACUAUUUAAAGUGGUAUGAUACUGCUUUAAAUAUAUAGUGCAGAUGGGGCCCUAGUUUGACAUUCUAAUUGCUACAUCCGUGGUAGCUCUUAUUUAAAUUAUGCCUUAACUGUGAAGGGAAGGGUGCAUUCUUGCUUUAUGAAUUUAACCUGGGUUUGAUGACCCAUGGGCACUGUAUUUUGAAAAAGGAUUGAAGUCCACCCAUCCCUGAAUUAAAGGCUCAUAUGAGAUGAUGCUUGUGAAGGGAGUGUGUUAUAUUUGGGAAGAAAUUGAAUAGACUAGCUUUAUGUGCUCUUUAGCAACCUCAGUCUUUUAUUCCCACCUGAUAGGCACCCAGGAUCAAUUCUUGCAACCAUUUCGGUUGUGACUGGUUGCUUUCCUUUUCUUAUCUGUAUUGAUCUGUUCUUGUGGCAAAUGGUCUGCCUGAACCAUUGGAAACUGCUCUUUUCAUUAAUGGCUGUACGGUUUCCAAUAUGAGUUCAGGACUGGCAUACAAAGCUGCAGUUUGUCUUUGUGGCAAAAGAUUCAGGCAGCCUUUUUCCUGUCACGUGUGCCCUAAUGCAGGUAGCAUGUGUGAAUCAGUCUGGAUAUUAUGUAAUUUGGGACUUGGGGACGAACAGAUCAUGAGUUCUUCUGCCUAAGUCAUACCAAAAUGGGCUUUUGUCAUGUUGCAAUUGCCUUUCCAGCUACUUCCCAGGCUUGAACCAAUUGCCCCUUAAUUGCACUGCAAUAAUCAAUCCUAAAGUCCUCCUUUCCCUCAGUUUUAGGCUGCUGCAGUUUCCCUGAUGUAGGGCAAAGGAGCCUUUCCAGCAGCUUGUUUGUACUUGGCUCCUAACAGCCGUUUGCCCUCCAAGCCAACAGAAUAAACACAUUCUCUGUGCUGUGCCUGGAAUGAAGCCAAUAGUGUCCUGCUAAGUGCUCUCUCGCCCCCCCCCCUUUUAACGGAGGUGUGAGGAAGGCAUUUGGCUUCCUAUAUAUGAAGCAAGCUUGGCUACGGUUGUUGUUUAGCUUCAGCCAUCCCUUCUCUACAAAAACAGCAACAGUCUGCUUGAGUGUAUCUUACCUAGGUGCUGAGGUAGGAUAGUCAACGUGUAAAAUGUGCUCUGGGAGCAUCUUGAGGUGAGCGUUGGGAAGGUGAUGGGAGGCAGAUGGCUGCUCGAGAGGUUUUUUCCCCCCUUACCACCUUUUUGCUCGCUUGACUGCGCUGACAGCUUUGUGAUGUCUGGCACUGUGCUUCAGCCGUGAUGGUUGCACCUGUUUUGAGUGGGCAGAAUUCCAGGGUUCUGUGUGUAGCUUUGGGGUGUGAUGGAGGUGUCACUGCCUGUUUGGAGGUGCAUAGGAAACAUUUUGGAGGUGAGAUCCAUGGUACGAAGAUAAAGCCAGAUGUUUCUCUUGCUAGCUGGCACUGAAACAGAGGCUCCUCUUAAUGGUGAUAACCCAGAGACUUGGGUUCUGUACAGCUCCCAGGAGCUUGGCCUUUACCAGAAACACUUGGCAGUGCUGAGGCCUAUUUUACUGUUGCUUUUCAAAGAUAUUUGCACGUGUUGUAUAAGCAAGUAUAUCUGUGUCUGAAAACAUGUAAAAACAAACAAACAAUGCAACUGGUAAUUCAACACCAAGCUUUUAACAUUGUUGAGAAAACAAACUGAUUUGUCCGUUAGUAUUGCUGUGUUGCCUCUUUGAAUGCUUCAGGCUAAAACCAGACUGUAACUGAUGUAUCGUAGUGAUAGCUGAGUACUUCUAUCCAGUAAAAUAAAAGAGACGUGAAUUAAAAACAGGAAAAUGUGGCAGAAUAAAAAUAAAAGGCAAGCUAAAAAUAACUCCACAAUAACAAUCAAAUAGCACCAAUUAAACUUUAAGAAUACAAAAUUUAAAACUCCAGGAUAUACUGGGUAGUUUUAUUCUUUUUAUAUCUCAAAAUACAUGAACAUUAUAUGCUCAGGUAUUUUGAGGGGGAAAAGAAUAAUUAAAAAACAAAAACAAAACUGCAGCAGAAAACCUUUCGGCACCACUACCGAAAAAGCCCUGUCUCCCCUAAUCUCAAAGGUGGCUGGCACAAAGAUCAAGCCCUCCAAAGUUGAUGACAGAAGCCAGGCCGAUUCAUAAGGAGCCACCUCCUUGAGGAGGACAUUCACCUGGCUCCUGCAUUAUUUUUACAGUGUUGAAUUAAAACAUUUUUGUUCACUCAAGCAUUUUAAUAGUUUGUAUUUUAAGUACUGGGAGGAUGCUGUAUUUGUGAACCCUGGUAAUGAAAGCUUUUACUCCACUCUUUUAAUUGCUAUUUAAUUCUGUUUAUUGUUUUUGUUUAUAUACCAUAGGCUGAAAUCUUAUACACCCUUGGAUUAAGUAUGGCUUACCUGCCUUACUUCUGAGUAGACUUGUAUAGGGUUGUACUGUAUUGUUUUAGUCUGCAUUGUAAACUCUUUUGGAAUCAUUAUUAUGAGAGAUUGCAAAUGGUGAUCAUAAGUAGUUGCUACUGAAAGUCUUAACCUCUGUAAAUUUGUCUUUUAAAGCCGUCCAACUUGGUGGCCACCACUAUAUCUUGUGGUAGCGAAUUCUAUGGCUUAACCAUGUCUGUGCUGGGACUACUAGAAGAACUUCCUUCUGAAGUUACACCCAGAAAAAAUAUACUUAUCAUACCGGGAUUCAUUAUCAAUCUAGACAUCAUAUUCAGAACCAAUUGUGCAUCCUGCUUUUUAUAGGCACUUCCAUGUAUACUCCCAUGCCCUUCUGCCAGCAGGUGAAGACUUUCUUAUUCCAACAGCCUUUGGGGAACUGACUGAUUUUAAGGAAAGGACUGGGGCUGUGAUGUAUUCUGUUAUAAUUGUCUGUAUAUUUUAAUAGAUCAUAUAUAUAGUUAGUUAGCUUUAAUUCUAUAUUAAUGUUUCAUUGUUUUUUAAAUUCUACCUCUCGCCUCAUGUUUUUAGCUGUUUCUAAUUUAUCUGUAAGCAGCUGUGUUUAUCCCUCGGGAAAAGGCAGGAUAGAAAUAAAUAUAAUACAAAUGUGUGCUUUAUUGCAGUAGUUAACAUGUAUGACAUGAUAAUAGUAGCAAUGUUUCUAUGACUAGCAUGAUGUGGGUGAUGUGAAAUAAAACCAACACUGAGGGUAUAAGUUCCUUGCAGCAGCUUCCCUACAGUUUCCUGUUCUUCCAGAUAAGUUGGCCAUGCUUUGCCAGUGACUUUGAAGGAGGAAGAACUAAGGAAAGUGAGACCUUGCAGUUCUUGAUUCCUGGUCUGGAGCUGAGGCUGAGAUGUCAGAGGGGCCCUCCAGGAUUACGGGGCCCAUUCCCCCUGAUCCCUCCCUUUGUCCUGAUUACUACAGGCGUCCCCUAUCAGGUGAGUGUGCUGUGUGAUCCUGGGGUAUCCUGGUAAUCUCAGUGCAUAAUCAGUUUUCCUUUUCACCUCUGGAAAAGAGAAGGAUCCAUAUUUUUCUCUAUAAUGGGUAGAAUCCUCUAAGUACUCACUAGCCCUUGCUGACGGCAGGGGUGGGAAACCAGUGGUUCUUCAGCUUGUUGGACUGCAACUCCCAUUACCCCUGGCCAUUGGCUGUGCUGGUUGGAGCUGAUGGGAGCUUAAUGGCAUCAGGUUCUGCACCCCUAAUAAAGGAUCUUUAAGAGAACAGUAAUCAAGCAGCUGCUUGAUACUGGAGGUUGAGCUGGAGUAGACUGGUGAGGACACUGGUCAGGAAUAAUUUGGUCUAGAAAAAGUGCUAAUUUAGGGUGACAGAAUGUGUAAAUUCUCAUUCUGUUGGGAAAAAGAAGUUUCCUAUGGCCCUAUUUUCCUAAGUCAGAUCAUUUGUCCUUAUACCCCAGUAUUGUCUAUUCUGACCUGCAGCAGCUCUUCAGGGUCCUGCGCCCAGGGUCUUUCCCAUCGCUUCCUUUUAACUGGAAGUCUUCAGAGAUUUGACCUGACUUCUGCAUUAACUUUAUCUCUGAGCUGCCGUCUUUCUUGACUCUCUUUCUCCAUCUUUAGCACGAGGGAGACUGGAAGGGAACUCUCUGAAGCUGGAUCUGCUCCCUGGUCCCAUUCCUCCAGAAUGCAGCCUCUACCCUGAAUGCUACAGUGCCCGCCUUGCUCACCCCCCUCCGCGGAUUAAGCCAAAUGCCAGGGACAUUCUAGAGAUGGGAAAGAAGGGCACAGUGGGAGCUCUCCUGCAGCUGGAUGGGAUCUCCUUCUUCCAGGAGGUGACACCUAAGCGUAAGUGUGGUCGCAACAUAGGGACAGAUGCCAGCCUGCUGUUGACAGCAUUAGGGGUGGUGUAGCAGUUAAGAGUAUUUGACUGGGACUCAGAAGACCCCGAUUCAGAUCUAUACUCAGCCAUGAAGCUCACUGGGUGAACUUCAGGCCAGCCACUGUUUUUCAGCCUACCCAUCUUAACAGUGGUUACAGUGGGUUUCUUCACCUACAGCAGUGAUAGGCCAUGUGGCUAUCUCCCAUCAUGCCUGAUGGGAUGAUGGAGGCUAGGACUGAUGGGAGUUGUAGUCAACAACAUUUGGAGGGCAACACUUUGGCUACCUCUGACCUGUGGUGUAAUCCUGGCUGUACAACCUCUGUAAGACGGAGAGAAAUAUGAGUUCUUGUCUCUCUCCACAUGUUACAGGUGAGCUGUCUAUUUAUUUAUUUUUUUACAAGGAGAACAUAAGGAAGUUUAAGGGAGAGAGGCUUUUGUGCCUGUAGCUCAAGGAUUGUAGGGCAAUGUUUUCUUUCUCUUGCCAAUGCAGGCAAAGAUCACAAGGACUAUGAGAAGGAAAAUCUGAGGCGCAUGCGAGAGAUUCAGCGGAAAUGCAGAGAGAAGGAGCAGGCUCGGGAGCUCAGCCAACCAAAGCCUGUGAAGGCCCUGUGGAAGUCUCAGAAGUAUGAGAGUGUAGAGUCUAAAGUCAAAGCAAAACUGCAGGUAUUUCUAAUACUGCUUAUUGGCAAUACAUUUUACGUGCUGUCUCUCUUUCUGUCUGCCGAGAGGAAAGUGAUGUAGGGAGUGAACAAAGAAGAAACAGACGGGAUUAUGCUGAUAGCACUCUCUCAAAAUUCCAAAUGUGCCCACAGAUCUGAGAAUAUUGGCAACCCCUGUCUGAUGUCCCAGUUUAAAACAACGUAGGUGGUGGUCAUCAGGAACAGGUGCAAUAGACUAUGCUGAAGGUUGAUCAGUGAUGUUCUCUGGGUUCUUCAGUCUACACCCGUCUGUGACUGUGCAAUAAUUCUUCCUCCUGUUUUCCUCUUUCCUAGGAGAGUCCUAGUCCUCCGAAUCCAGAGCAUCAGAGAUACUUGAGAGCCUAUUCGCGCUGCGGUGCAGGAAUUCGUCCAUGCAGGUCACCGUCUCCAAACCCUGCCCAGUCCGGAGCAACAGCAGAUGCAGCAGCUGCAAAAUCACAGAAUGGGAGUGUCAAGGUGGGGGGCGGGGAGAUGCCCACCAGUGCUGAUGCAAUCUGCUUUAUACUUCCGUUUCCUCAUGAGUGGUUAGUGCUUUAGCCAACCUCCUCCCAACCUCUCCAUUCCAGGGUUGCCGUAAAUGAUGGAGCUCUGUGGUGUCCCAAGGCAGAGGGAGGGACACUUUUUGCAGUUGUGCAUGACUGCCAGCACUUCCAAAGCUCUCUUGGAAUGUUUUUUACUUCUCUGUGACCCCCAAAUUAUUUUGUUUCUUUGAUCUGAUGGGGGGAAUAUUCCCUCCCCCUGCCACAAAGACGUGAUCCGUGCUUUCAAAGUUGGCUAGGGGCUAGGAGAAAUUAAGCCAAACCUGUCCCUAGUCUGUAGAAAAGCAAUGUUUCCUGACACCCGAAGCUCUUUGCCUUCCAGCUCUUUGACCUUCUCAUUACAGAACCAGGAGGAGAGUCAAGGGGUGGACUUUGUCAGCCACAACGCCCGGAACGCCAAACGGGCUCAGCUGCGGCGCUCACGCUCCUUGCAGUCGCUGACCGAAGUGCUGGAGCAGAAACGCAAGGAUCAGGAAGAGUACAAUGCUAAGCAGAAAGGCCAUGUCCCCCACUAGUAGGUAUCCAACUCACCCCUGACCCAUCUGGCUUCAGUAUUUAUUUGUUCAAAAUACUGCUAUCCAUGAUUUUCUGUGUUACAACAGGCCUCCAAGGCUACUUGCAAGAAAAUAAAAUUAAUACCCAAUAAAUAUAAGGUUGAAAAAGAAAAGUAAAGAAAUCAAUGUUCAACCUUUCUACAAGACUGCAAAGUGGUGGUCACAGGUUUGAAUAACCCUUCCCUUCCCAUAGAAAACUAGCAUGUCAAGGAGAAAGCUAAGUGAGAGCCGUUCUCCCUGACAUAGUAGCCUUACAUAUGCGGUGAGUUCAUUUUUAAAUGGAGAGUUUUCAGUCAUGUGAUCCUCCACCUGCAGUCUGAAAUGGCAGGAACAGAUUUACCAUCUCAGACACAGCAGUCUGUCUGGAAUAAGCACCAGAAGUAAGUUUGGGAGCAUUCUGCCCAUGUGCAGGACUGCCAUAUGAGCAAUGAUGGCAUCUCAUAUCAGCUGCUGAAUUUAGUUUUCCCAGAAUCUCUGCUUUAUUUUUUCGAGGCCCUUUUGUUUGUGAUUUGAAAUAAAUAAAACAGUAUUCUGAAUUGGAGAUUCUGCCAUUCUGGAUGGAUAAAAUGGGUGGGGUCACAACUCUUCAUAAAGAUAUAGAAGGGAAUACUUACUUCUGGGUGCAGCUCUGUUCUUGGAUUCCCAGGUGGUGUCUGCACCACAGAAUGCUUUUCUUGGCUUGGACUGAUUGGCCAGCUUUACUCACUGCUGAAAAUGACCUGGCUAUCCUCAUUCAUGCCUUGAUAACUUUGGGAUUAGACUACAGCAAUGUGCUCUUUGUGGGGCUGCCCUUGAAGACAAUUCAAAAACUUCCGGUGAUUUGGAAUAUCUCCACCCAGUUGGUGAGAGGCACAAGUCAGGGUGGCCAUGUUAUGCCUGUGUUUGAAACCCCUCCUCCUGGAGUUUCAUUUCUGAGGGGCUGGAUUGAUGGCCCUGACUGCAGUAAACACCACAUCUGUUCCCGCCUCCUGUCCCAACUUCUCUUCUAGCCGUUUCUUUACCACUUAAUUGGUUUGUAGGACCCCGAGGGGAGAGACGUGAGGCUAGGCCAUGCUCUGUUCCUUGAAGUCUGAGGUGCUGUUUCCUCCUAGCUUUCUCUGCCAUUCUUUCCUUACCUUAACCACUAUGCUCUUUCUGCUGUGAUUUAGCCUGAUUGAGAGGAAGGACCACUGGCGCAAAGAGGCAGAGGAGCGCCAGCGCAACAUGCCUGACCCCUCCAUGCCACCUGGCCACACCAUGAUGCCAGAGAGCCAGCGGUUGGAGACGCUCAACAACCUCAAACAAAGUAAGGAGGGCGGAACACAAGACGUGUGAAGCUGCUUCAUGCCGGGUUGGCCCAGGACGGUCUAGUUCAGGGAUGUGGAACCUGCCACUCUCUAGAUGUUUUUGGACUCUGGCUCCCACCACCCCCAGCCAGGGUGGCCAAUGGGCAGCGAUGAUGGGAGGUUGAAUCCAACAACAUCUGGAGGGCCACAUGGCCCCCCACACCUGGCAGAGGCUCUAUGGAACAUAGGAAGAUGUCUUCUACCAAGUCAGGUUGUUGUCCAUCUGUAUAUCUAGCUCAGUCUUGUCUGCACUGACUGAAUUGAGCAGGCAUCCUUAACUGUAAGCUGGUCACUCUUCCUCUUCUCUGUUAGGCCAAGAGCGCUUCCUGAAAGACCUCCUGCUGCUUCCAGUGCGAACUGACACCCUCAGCGUCCAGAACAGACGUGCCACCCUGGAGAAUAAGCUGUCGCAGAUCGAGGAGGCACUCAAAAUAUUCUCUCGACCCAAAGUCUUUAUCAAGCUGGACUCCUAGGCAGAGGCAAGAUACGCCUUUCCCAGCCUUCUCUUCUGGACUGCAAUGGAGAGGAAAGGUCUCUUUUUCCUUCCUUGCUCUUUCACUCAGCCAGAAAUCCUCUUCUCCCUCUCAGCCAUCCUUGCUGGCUGACUCAGUGAUGCAAGCUUCUGCCCCACACUUGUGUGGCUGACCACUCUCUGGUGCUUGCUCUUGGCACCCAGCCUUUCAGGAGCUGGGAUGCAACAGAGGUCUGCAUCAUACCUGUCUGCUUGUCUUGCUUCACACCAAGGGCGGGGAGAAUCUGUGGCCUACCAAAAGUUGCUGAACUUUUAUUUCCAUCUGCCCCAGGCAGCCCGGCCAGUGUUCAAGGGUGAUGAAAGUUGUAGUCCAAACUGCAUCUGGAAGGCCACAGGUUCUCCUUCCUUGUUCUUCAUGCAAAAGUAGUAGGUUGCCAAAAAGGAGAUGGGAUGGUUGGUGGUGGAGGAGGGGAGAGAGAGGUGCUUGGUCUCAGAGGAAUCUGGCCGUUGUGAAAUCUGUAAAUCCUCUGUAGCCACAGCUUGAAUUUGCAGAGCUGCCCCUCUGGGAAGAGUGCAUUGAGGAGCUCUAACAGUACAGCAGGACUGAGCAGGCACCCUGGGCGUUGUUCUGCUUUUUUGCAAGACGGUUCAGGUACACACAUUGGCUGGACAAGCGGCCAGUGCUCAGAGGGAUAGGUGUUCAAUUUUAACUUAAAUAGUUGGGUAGGUUUUUAAAUAAAUAAAUAAACAAACAAACUUUUGAAAGCACUUGUCACAGAACAGAGGUGGAAACGGUGCCUUCACAAGCACUCUGGAAGAUUCUUUAAAUGGCUGAGGGAUUAUUUUUAAUUUACAGAUAUAUAGUGAAUGCAUCCUCCAUUUGGAUGAUACAUCGUACAAACACAGCAAGUCUCUGCUCCUCAGAACUGCAGGCAAGGAUGAAUCAUAGGAGCACCUGCUUUGCAUACACAGAAGGCCCCUCUGGCACCUCCACCUAAAUGGGUCAGGAGGGGAUGAGAGAGACCCUAUGCUGAGAGUGUCAGAGAAAGGGAUUGUGCAUUAGUUGGACGUAGAGUCUUACCUAACAGAAGCCUGUAUAAGGAUCCAUAGUUGGAUAAGAAGUUCAGUAUUAGGAAGGAUGCUAAGUAGGCCCAGCAAGCUUCAAACAGUCAUAGGCUCAUGUGAAGUGGAAUUCAAGUGCCUGUUUCUUUUUUUAAUAUAAUUAAUCUGAAAAGCUGCACUUGAUUCUGCGUCAUGGAAAAGCUGCUGCUGCCUUUUACACUGACACAAAGCUAAGGUAGAGGAGAUGGGGCUGCUGCUUAUGUUUUGCUGCCUGAAAAACUCCCCUUUCAGGCUUGUCCUUCAUUUCUAAAGGACCCUGGAGCCAAGUGGCACUGAAGUCAUAGGAAGGGCAAAGAUAAUCCAUAUCUUUUAAGAGCUGGCAGGAUUGAGCAGCAUGACAGGGUUGGAAAGGGUUAAUAAGGUUAACAGGCAAUCUAGUUCCGCCACCCCAGAACAACAACCCAAACCAAACCCUGGAUAGGGUUGCAGUGAAGGGUGAUGGACAGCAGUAGCAGGAUUAAUUGCCUCCCCGUGGGGUAGUCGGAGUACGUAAAACAUUUCCUCCCCUCUGGAAAUGACAGACAAGAGUUAUUUUGGCUGUGCAAACUCUCCUAGCCAGUUUUUUUUGGGGGGGGGGGUAAUGGUGCAAAGCCCUGACAGCUCUGUACUGUCUUCAGGUGUUCUCCUUUCCAUGCAAAAAUUGUAGUUUCAGGCACCUAGAAGAGUUACCUCCACCGACAAAGCAGAGAAAAGCUUGGUUAGUUUUCUGUGGACCUUGUGCUUGUUAGGGCACCAGUAACAGGUUAUGUUAUGUGGGAAAGCAGGCAUGCUGUGGCCCUGAUACAGGACUGCAGGUUGACCAGUUGACCAUCUGUUAACUCAGUCACUAGCCUUGAGAAGAGGUGGAUUUGGAUGGGAGGCUCACAGUGCAUGGAGAUUCGCAAUUUAACCCUUCUGUAUCUGCAGACCUGACACAAAAACAGAUUCCUUACAUAGCAAUCGGGCUUGGAAACAAUCUUCAAAUUGAUUUAAGAUAUCAAUGCAUCCAGUGGGUGCUGCAUCACAGAAUAACCCUUUCCAUCCCAAUUUCAACCCCUGCCUGCUUGGCAACAGCUUCCAAGGGGAGUGAAUGGUGGGUCACAGACCCUCUUUUAGAGUUCUUAAAUCCCAGAGGCUUUCAUGUGGCUGGCUGGUUGUGAACAUGGCCUGCAGUGACUACCUACAGGUGAAUUACUACACCGUGUUUAAGGCCAACAGUUAAAUAUAAGCCCAGUGGGAACGAAGAGAUGCCUUGAACCCUGUACCUGGCCACUACUGUCCUCUGGUGGUGGACCCCAGUAAUUGUACAAGAUAAUGAUUCACAGCAAAUCAAGGUCCUAGGUACCGAAAUGUCUCUCCUGAGGUGGAAGCAGCUGCUGUUGGCUAGUUUACCAUGAUUUAAGAUCCCCUACUACAGACUAUGAGCAUCUUAGCUGGUCAGACUUAAAAUGAACAAAACAAGAGAAGACUACCUUCCUUCAAUUUAGAAUGGUAAAUUAAACAUCUCCCUAAAAACCAUUUCAGUGCAAAUGAUCCUGACCUGGUAGAAAUGCAGCUGGGAUGAAUGGGUGAUUUGUUAGAGAUGCUUCUAUUUCCUUUCGUCAGUUGCUUUUUGCAGGAGAAAAAUGAAAGCGAUGUGGAAGGAUAUUAUGCUUGAAACCUUUUCUUUUUCAUUAAUGGAGAGGCAGGUGCAAAGGGCUCUGGCAAGAGAUACAGCAAGAAGCUGGACACCUUGCAAGGCCAGAUCAUCAGUAUACUGAGGGCCACAGAGCUCAGUGCGUUGGCACAUGUCUUAAUUCCAGAUGAUGCUCCCCUCCCACUGACGGACAUAUACAGUCACUGCUAUCAGCAGGUAUCUAAAACAUCCUGGGAGAAUUCAAAUUAGCAUAUAAUAUUUGCAUAAGCCACAUCAUCAUGCAGAUUUCUUUGUGUUCACUAUCUUGAAGGUUGAAAUAAGCACUUAACACCAUUUUGCUUUGCCAGUGUAUAGAAUUCUUGCACACAAUAGGAAUGAGCAAGGGGCCAGCUAGGCAUACAGCCUGCCAAGAGAUGGGCUAGUCCAAAGCUCUCCAACCUUUCAGGCCUAAGACCUGCUUUUGAAUCUGCAUGUGUUAGAAACAUGUUCAGCUAUCUUCUCCCUUUUAUCUUUCCAACUAGUUAGAAGGGUGAAAACAUUUCUCCCCAGCUUUCUGCUUAUAUUUUAAUUAAGGAAUGGCCGUAUCUCAGUGGGAGAGCAUCUGCUUUCCAUGCAGGGGGUCCCUAGUUCAGUCACCAGCAUCUCCCAGUAGGGCUUAGAGAGAACCCUGCCUGAAACCCUGGAGGAGCCACUGCCAGUCACUGUAGACAAUAGAUGGACCAGUGGUCCGACUAAGUCUAAGGCAGCUUCCUAUGUGUUUUAUUUAAAAACAAAAACAAAACCCUUAACAGAAAGUAGCAGCUAUGCUUCAGGUGCAACUCAGUUUCAGAUCCUGAUCCAGCAGUUGAUCUAGCCAGUCAGCUAAACAUCUAUCCACCCAAGUCAGACAACAAAAAGCCAAGUUGCCUCAGUCACAUUUCCCUUGCUGCCCUACCAGUCCCAAUGGGUCCCAACAUCCUAUUGAGCAGAAUAAUGCAUCUUGCAUGUUUGGGACCACCCUGCUCAAUUUCCCAGCACAGGCACCAGAGCUUCCUCAUCGUGCUUGACCAGCACACUUCUAAAAAUCAUGUGAAUGCACAUUUCUUUAAAAAAAAAAGUUUUAAUAGUUUGUUGCAAUAUAUUAAUCUGUGAUGCAUGUUAUCGUAAAAACAAAUAACUAAAAACAAACACUUCAUGAGAGCUGACAGUUGGUGGAUGGGAGAACCAGAGACUGUGAGAGAGGCAAGAGCAUCCCUGCCUUUUUCCUUCUACCUGUCCAGAAUGAAGACAGGAGCUGAAGAGAGGGAAUGGAGAAGGUAGUAGAACUCCCAUUGCUUUGGUUCAAUGGGGAGCAAGAAAGAACCUCCUGGGUGGCUAAGGACUGGGAGGAAAGUGGCUUGGCCCCAAGUGCUCCAAACCCCAGCUGCCACCUUUGCUCCAGCAGCUGCGGAGAGAGUGCCACUGGGUCUGCAGGCCAUGAGCAAGAGAGAGUCUAUGGUGGCAGGUCUGGGCAGUGUCUUGGGUUCGACAUGGGGCCCCCAGUUCCAGCUCCAUUGGCCAGGAAGAAGGUACUGCCAAACUGACCGUGGAAAUGCUGAAAUUCAGAAGAUAAGGGAGGGGCACUGCCUGGGGCUAUAGCGUGAUGACCGUGCCAUCCUCCCGGAGGCUGCCUGCUCGGCUGCCCCGGAUUGGGCUGCCGCUGCCGCUGUGACUGUUCAGGGAGGGCAGCGAACCCUGGGAGCUGUAGAGGGACAGGCUGUGCUGCAAGCUCUCCAGGAGGCCGCCAUUGGGGCAGCUGGCAGGCAGAUCACUCUCAAUCACCAGGUCACCCUCUUCGUCACUCUCGCCCUCUGCUGUGCUGCAGUUGCUCAGGUACUGGGAGGCCGGGCUAGGUGUCUGCUGGCUGGGGGUGCUGUCCGUGGACACGCCAGAGCUGCCCGAGGCCUUGCUGCUGCGGAUCACAUUGUUGCGCUGGUUGGCCGGCUUGACGGUGAUGAUGAGGUUGUGGCUGUUGGCCACCAUCAUGUCCGUGACCUGGUCCAGCGACUUGCCUGCCACAUCGAUGCCGUUGACUUCCAGGAUCUCGUCAUUCACGGCCAGCAGCCCCGUGCUUUCCGCCAGGCCCCCCUUGACCAAGCGGGAGAUGAAGAUGCCGGGCACCUUCUCAACACCGUGGGGUGCCACGCGCACGCUGACCCCAUCCCGGAUGUAGAAGCCAAGGGGCUUGUUGGAACCGUGCUUGUGCAGCCGCACCCGCCGGUGGGUCUCGGGCAGAAUGUCCACAUCGAUGAUGGAGGAGAUCUGACGGAAGUCCUGCGGCAUGCCAAUCAGCAAGUGCGGCUUGGCCCGCUGGUGCACAGGGCGAAGAAGCCCCUUCUUCUUCCGCUGCAGCGAGUUGGAGGCGAAGACGCUGGUGUCGGCUUCCGCUGCAAGAAGGAAAGAAAGCAAAGCAAGCACAGAUCAGAUGGGCAGGUCUCCACUGCUCAAGCCCAACCCUUGUUCCCCAGGUGUCAAAUAUCUCCCAACUUCAUUGAGGUUCUACUAGCCACCAUAUUCUACCUCCAUUGUCAAGUAUCAGUAUGCCUUUGAAUACCUCUUGCUGGGAAUCACAGGCAGGGAGAGGGCUGUUGUGCUCAUGUCCUGCUUAUGGGCUUCCCAUAGACAAUAUGCUGGCCACCGUGAGAACAGGAUGAUGGACUAGAUGGGCAUGUGGUCAGAUCCAGCAGCCUCUUCUUAUGUUCCUAGUCCUCUCUCUGUCCCCUGUGCACUCAUCCUGACUUCAACACAAAUCAAGGGCCAUCUCUAGGAUUAAUAGUGCUUUAGGAACACACCCCUUCCACCUGCCAUGAUCAGUUUUGCAGCAUUACCAAGCCCAGCGCUUCUUGUGCAGGAUUGCAAAACCUGGCUCUGCAACAGGCCCUCCUGCUCCCCGAUUUCCCCAGAAAUGCCCAUGAAAGGGGACAAAAACUAGCUUUCAACAGUUUUCCCCUGACUGGUAUGAGUGUGGUGCAUGAGUGAUUUAACUUAAUGAACCUAACUGAGUCUCGUUCAUUUCAAUGGUUCUACUCUGAGUAAAACUCAGCUGAAUACCACCCAUUGUCUGGUAAGCUCACUGAAACAUACAUCUUAAGUUAUGAGAAUAUGGAGCAGAAAGAUCCAUGUUGGGGUUAUGAUUGUUUGCUUAUGGUUCAGAAUGAGUUACUAGUAAAAUAAAAUAAAAACUAGGGAAAAAUAAUUUUUACCAAUGCACCACAGACUUAACAAACUUAACACUGAGCUGCUGAGUUUAGCAUGGCACCCAGGACAAACACCCAGCUCAUCCCGUUUUGUUCAUAUCCAUAGUUCCUUUCUUCGUUGCUCUGCCAAACACAUUAUUGAUUUGCUUGAAUAUUUGUAUCCCUACUUUCCAGCUCUUUAGGACCCCCAAGUUGUCUAGAUGAUCACAGACACAGUGUCAGCUACUGCAGAGGUGGUUGCCAGGCACUAUAAAUUUCUCUCAUACCAAAGAAGGCUUUUCAACAAAACCUGUCUGCGUUUAGCCAGCUGAUCUGUAUCCCUUGGGAGCUGCUGGUUCUCUAACAACCU